UAAACCAUGUGUGGGAAAACAUGAUGAAGGAGUGAAGGACUGGUCCCCAGAAGCUGUAGACCGAGGUCCACUUUGUGUGGGGAAACAUGAUGAAGGAGUGAAGGACUGGUCCCCCAGAAGCUGCAGACCGAGGUCCACUGUGUGAGGGAAAACAUGAUGAAGGAGUGAAGGACUGGUCCCCAGAAGCUGCAGACCGAGGUCCACUUUGUGUGGGGAAACAUGAUGAAGGAGUGAAGGACUGGUCCUCCAGAAGCUGCAGACCGAGGUCCACUUUGUGUGGGAAAACAUGAUGAAGGAGUGAAGGACUGGUCCCCAGAAGCUGCAGGCCGAGGUCCAGCAUGGCCCAGCCUCUGCUCAAGAGGACGUUGUCUCGACUGCGAGGCAAGAACAAGUCCCGCAGGAAGACCGAGCGCCAAGUCCACGAUGUUCCGCUCCAGUCAGAUGCCUUUCAGAAGCCUUUUACUUGUGGGCCAUCAAAGACCGUGGCAGACUCGGACCCCCCGGUGCUCCACCACGUCACGUCUGAGAAGCCGCUGGGGGUGUGGCAAGGGUCAGAAGCUCCGCCCACGUCUCUCCUCUCCAAUGAUGGGGAAAGAAGAUCCUUCUGCACGCUGGGGCAGAACCAGGCUCAGAGACAAACCCAAGACAAGGAGUUCUUCCAGCCAGCAGCAAGUUCUGUUGAUCCAAAGGUGGCAGUCAGAACCAAACUGUCCGGCCAGCGAGCCUAUUUGCAGAGCUUGGAUCGCAGCAGUCGAGACUGGGUGUUGUCGUCAGGAAAGUCCGAGGCUUCGGAGAAGGCCUGCAGGCGGAAUCAGGAAAGCGGUAGAAACAUUUGGUACAACCCAAUCCCGGAGGAGGAGGGCAUUGCUGGACUGCCAAGAAAUGAGGAUGUGUGGACGAAGAGGGACGGGAAGCAAGCAGAACCAGAGAGACUGGGUCUUGAUGCUAGUACAAUAGACCAUGGACUUAUGCAGACUGGCUCAGCACAGGCUUGUAGAGAUGCUCCUUCAUUGGACGCCACCAACCUGCAUGUGGAUGACAUCUCAGCAGAAGGUGCAGACUCCAACUAUGUCUUCCAAGAAAAGGCGGGUGUGGUUGACAGAUUGGGGUCUCCUGGCACAGUGAGGAAACUCUCCUUCAAAAUGAAGAAACUUCCUGAGCUGAGACGCAGAAUCAGCCUUCGCUCUUCUCGUGUGCGACAAGAAGGAGACAAAGUCACCAUGAAGAAGCUGGCAGACCAGAACUUCAUCAGUCGCUAUCACCUGGAUAGCUCCACUCCUCCUGCUUUGCCACAGCGGCGGUUACCGAGAGGACGCUCCGCCAGUAAAGGAGGGUAUCUCAGUGACGGAGACUCACCAGAGCGGCUGCUUCGCCAGCCUGGCGACAAGACUUCAUUCCAGCUGUACACAGACGCCGAGCCUUCACCAUGCUGUCAGCGCAUGACAGGUUUGCUGACUGUUCACCUUCUUGGUCUGGAACAGAUUCAAUCAAAUAGGUGCCGUGAAAGCAAAGAGAUUUUUCUUGCCAUCCAGAUUGACGGAAUGACUCGGGCGAGAACCGCCCUCUUAACCCUGCAAGGCCACGCCCUCUCGUUAAACCACACCUUCCACCUGGAGCUGGAGGGAGCGCGGCAACUCCGAGUGGUGGUGCUCACGUCUGCAGCGAGCACUCCCCCGGGGUCUAACCAGACCAGGACCAGAAUCUGCUGUCUGGGGACUGUUGCUCUUCCUCCCCUCUUUAAAGCAGGAAGUGGAAGUCAGCAGCUGUGCGUGAACUUGGAACCUCAGGGACGUCUCUACAUCAAACUCUCUCUGCAGGAACCAUGUGACUUGCAGUCGGACAGAACCUCAACAGCGCCCUCUAAAGUGUUUGGGGUGGAACUGCGGCAUCUGGUGGAGGAAGAAGGUUCUGCCUCUGCAGUUCCUUUACUCAUCCAGAAGACCGUGGCCGAGAUCGAACGCAGAGGACUGAAGGUCGUGGGUCUGUACAGACUUUGUGGUUCUGCUGCGGUGAAAAAGGAGCUGAGGGAUUGGUUUGAGAGGAACGCGUCAGCCGUCUGUCUCGGUGAGGAUCUCUAUCCUGACGUCAAUGUUCUCACAGGCAUCCUGAAAGACUACCUGCGGGAGCUGCCAUCCCCGCUCAUCACCUCCACUUUGUAUGAGGUGGUCAAGGAAGCCAUGACCCUACGACCCCCACCUGCAAGCCCUGACCUCCACCUAGCCCACAACACAGUAGCACUUCUGUCCUGUCUGCCAGCCCCGGAGAGGGCCACUUUGUCUCACCUGCUGGACCACCUCAGCCUGGUGGCCGACUUUAGCGCGUCCAACAGGAUGACGCCCCAAAACCUGGCUGUCUGCUUUGGCCCGGUGCUCCUUAAGCAGGAGGCCUGGAAUGGAGGGCUGAAGUGUCACGGCCAGGACUUGGUGGACUUCAAACUCCACAUUGAGGCCUUGCACUACCUGCUGCAGCUAUGGCCAGUGCCAGCCAAGCAAGUCCCGGCAGACAACAGCCAAGACGUUCCUCCUCUCGCCGUCCUGCAUCCUGUCCCUGAGGACGUGGUGGUGUCACGCCGGGGCCCACGUCUGGACAGUCCACCGCCAAUCAACCGCUACGCUGGCGACUGGAGCGUCUGCGGGCAAGAAGUUGUGUCAGGACAGGACGCUGAUUACGAUGAGGUGGCAGGAAGUGAAAGUGAUGAAGGUGGUGAACGCCAGGAGGACCAAGCAGAGGAACACGCCGCUUGUUGGUUUCCAACAGGAAGCAAAGCUCUCUUUGUGGAGGACGUCUUGGAUUUUGAUGCUCCGUUUAGCUGCCGACUCAGCCUGAAGGACUUUGACAGUCUUAUUCACGACCUGGACCGAGAGCUCGCCAAUCAGAUCAACAUCUGCCUGUGAGGGGGAGGAACUGCAAGCACUUUUGGGGGGAGGUUGUCCAUCAUACACAAUCCCAAUGAACACACCUGUUUCUUGUUUAUGCAUUCUAACUUGUUAAUAAACGCUAGCAAGAGUCAGCUAACAAUGGAGGCAAUGACAUUUGAUCUAUUCCUGCCAUAAAAUACCCUAAAAAAAUUCAAAAACUUCCAUCAAGAUGUUAUAUACACGCUGUAAGAAUAUAUAUAAUAGUAUUCAUAUGUAAUAUAUACAUGAUGUAAGUAUAUAUGUCAUGUAGUAACAUUCGUAAUAACAUGUAAUGUAUACAUGAUGUAAGUAUAUAUGUCAUGUAGUAACAUUCAUAAUAACAUGUAAUAUAUACAUGAUGUAAGUAUAUAUGUCAUGUAGUAACAUUCAUAAUAACAUGUAAUAUAUACAUGAUGUAAGUAUAUAUGUCAUGUAGUAACAUUCAUAAUAACAUGUAAUAUAUACAUGAUGUAAGUAUAUAUGUCAUGUAGUAACAUUCAUAAUAACAUGUAAUAUAUACAUGAUGUAAGUAUAUAUGUCAUGUAGUAACAUUCAUAAUAACAUGUAAUAUAUCCAUGAUGUAAGUAUAUAUGUCAUGUAGUAACAUUCAUAAUAACAUGUAAUAUAUACAUGAUGUAAGUAUAUAUGUCAUGUAGUAACAUUCAUAAUAACAUGUAAUGUUUACAUAUUUUGAUCAUUUUAAGCACACGUUGGCGUAUUCUGACGAAAUCACAACGUACAUAUACAAACUACCGAUAUAAUAAAAUAAUCACUUACUGUACAAUGUUUGCUCUCACUGGGAUAAAGACUAAUGGCAUUUUUAUAACUUCCCCUUUACAUCAACAACUCAUCAUCAUCCUCACAAAGGGUUAAAAAAAAUAGCAUAUUUUCCUGUCUUUCUGGCCAUCUCCGGGUCUAAGUUGGAUGUCAAAGUUGACCAACUUGUGGGUUUAUGUCCACAACCUUCUACUAUCCAGGUAAGAGACAUGGUUUAUCAUCUAGAAUUAACUUUCACCAACUCGCUGCUGAAAGCACUCAACAAUACCCCUAAUACUUGUUCAUAUUCAGGUCACGACAUGUAAAUGGAAUAUUGUUGGCACUUUUUAGAGAGUUUUGUGGGAGCAAUAUUGUUAGCCAUCCCAUACUUGCUGUACUUUACCAUUUGGAAUGCAUAACAAAAUAAAAAGGUGUUCUGGUCUUACAUAAGGAUAGAAAACAUUAAAAAGUGCAGUUCUCCUUUAAGGCGAAAACAAAAUGUUUAUGUGCAAAUGAUUUGAAAUGUUGACUUUCUGCACUGCUUAAGCCAUACUUUCACUUUGACAACUUUGGAAAGAAAGACAGUUCAAAGGCUAAAAGAUGAUGUUUUCCAUAUAAUGCAGAGCGUCUUCUUCUUUCAUGGUACCAAGUUUGUGACUGACGCUCCAAACUGCUGUUGUUGUCAUGUUACGUUUUGCACAACUUCAUGCACUUGUUUUGUAACCCAAGGAUGCUUCAAAAUAAAAGACUGAAACAGAG